AUGGAAAAUCAUAUUUUAGAGAAGAUUAAAAAGCGAAAGUUGGUCUUUCAAAAGGCAUCUUCCGAAGAUGUAGCAGUUCCUGAAACUCCUGAAGCAGUUAUUUCAACACAUCUUUUAACUCCUAAACAAACUCCAAUUAUUCCACUCAAGGUUUCGUUAACCAUUUCAUCUCAUGAGGAGGUUCGAACCUCAGACAUAUUUACACACGUAUGUGAUGCGGUUGUAAAUGUCACUAUGGGUGAAGGAGAGUUAAAUAAAGCACAUCCAAUUAUCACUCAAGGUAUUAUCGACAACACUACUAUCAAUACCCUUGUUUCAUUACCACCAUUAAUCAUUCUUGCAAUUCUAGUUUCCUAUUCACCAACUUUUACUCAUAUUCUCAAUCAACCCAUCACUUCACUAUUUUCUUCACAAUCCACUAAUUCACCUAAACCCAUCAAUAAUGUUGAGGCUGAUGAUGGAGGAUUUGGAGGUACUUUUGAUGAUCUUUAA